AUGUCUCUAUCGCUCUACUCAUUCUCUUCGAACCGCGCAAGUCUUGCCGUUCUCCGCAACGUCGGCGUCUCCAUUCUUGAAUUACCGCCCAGUUCUGCUAAUAGCAAGGCAGAAUCUACUGUUGACGUGACUAGCGACGAGGAGCUACAGAACGAGCACUCGAGCGCCGCCGACGUCGUCUACAGGGUCGUCAAAGGCUGCGUGCAUUUGGACGUGCGUGACUCCGCCGACUGCUGGGUGCGCUGCACUUUGACGGAAGGAAUGAAGGCCUCGCUGAGUCUGCGCACACUACGCCGCUUCGUGCCGAUCGCAGGUAACGCAACGCAACUCCUGGAGAGCAGCAAGGGCUCUCGUAGUCUCAUUGCUCGCUUCACACGCGCAGCAGACGCCGCUAACCACUCGAUGUUGAUGACCGCCAGUGGAUGCCGCGAUCUGGUUUGCGAGCUGUGCCGGCUGUACUACAGUACAGAAUGGAUGACAGGCACGGGUGGUGCAAUGAGUCUGCGCUACGGCGAGCGCAUCUACGUGACCCCGUCGGGUUGCUCCAAGGAGCGUCUACAGCCCGAGGACUUGUAUGUGCUAGACCUGGAGGGCAGUAUUCUUUCAAGCCCCACGGCCAAACCGGGCAAGAAGGCCCCCAAGCUUUCAGACUGUGCACCACUGUUCCUGAACGCGCACAAGAUUUGCAAGGCUGCUGUGGUGCUGCACAGCCACGGCAUUAAAUGUAACCUGGCGGCGGCACUUUGCGACGGUAAGAGCGAGUUCCGAAUUUCGCACCAGGAGAUGAUCAAGGGCAUUACCGGCCAUGGGUACGCCGACACGUUGGUUGUGCCUGUGAUCGACAACGCACCCAAGGAAUCUGCCCUCGCGGAGCCGAUUGCGCGUACUUUGAAAGCAUAUCCCAACACGUCUGCUGUCCUGGUUCGUCGUCACGGUCUCUUUGUGUGGGGUGACUCGUGGGAAGCUGCUAAGCGCCAUGCUGAAUGCCUGCACUACCUGUUUGAGGCGGCUAUCGAGAUGCGCAAGCUGAACCUGGACUACACGGCUCCUCCCGUGUCUGCUUCCUCUGGCAACGGCAGCUCUCUUAAGCGCGCACGAACUGACGAAACAAACAACGGAGAGCUCAGCAUGGCUGAAAAGCACAAGGUGGUGAUGCUGGAUAUUGAAGGAACCACGACACCAAUUACGUUCGUUCACGACAUUUUGUUCCCGUACGUGACGGACAAUGUCGCCCGCUUUCUGCAACAAACAUGGGAGUCAUCCGACUCGAAGGCGGACGUGGCGGCUCUGAUGGCUCAACAUAAGCAGGACCAGGCUGAUGGAAUGAACCCGCCUACGUUGGAUGAUACUCAGGGCAAGGAUCAAGUCGUUGAGGCUCUCACAGCGUAUGUGAAGUGGAAUGUUAAGGCAGACCGCAAAAUUGGACCCCUCAAGCAGCUACAAGGUCACAUGUGGCUGCAGGGCUAUGAAAAGGGUGAGUUGAAGGCGCUCGUGUACGACGAUGUACCUCCGUGCCUUGAGCGCCUACACGCCCGUGGAGUGCGUGUGGGCAUCUACUCUUCCGGCUCACGUCAGGCGCAGAAGCUGCUCUUCCAGUAUUCGGACAAAGGCGAUCUGCGAGAAUACCUGACCGUCUACUUCGACACGAAGAUCGGCCACAAGCGCGAGGUUGGAAGCUACAAGGAAAUUGUUCAGAGUCUUGGCGUGGACAGUGGUAAGGACGUGCUUUUCGUCACGGACGUGAUUGAAGAGGCUCAGGCUGCUGAAGCCGCCGGACUCGACACUGUUCUGUCCGUGCGUCCAGGCAACAAGCCGCUGCCGGAGUCUCACCACUUCCCCACGAUCUGCUCCUUCGCCGAUCUAUGA